AUGGCGACCCAGAUCAGCAAGAAGAAGAAGUUUGUGAGCGAUGGCGUUUUCUACGCCGAGCUGAACGAGAUGCUGACCCGGGAGCUUGCCGAGGACGGCUACUCCGGCGUGGAGGUACGCGUGACGCCGAUGCGCACGGAGAUCAUCAUCAGGGCCACGCGGACGCAGAACGUGCUUGGUGAGAAGGGCCGCAGGAUCAGGGAGCUCACCUCCGUCGUCCAGAAGCGCUUCAACUUCCCGGAGAACGGCGUUGAGCUUUACGCCGAGAAGGUCGUCAACCGUGGCCUCUGCGCCAUCGCCCAGGCCGAGUCACUCCGCUACAAGCUCCUCGGUGGCCUUGCCGUCCGCAGGGCAUGCUAUGGUGUUCUUCGCUUUGUUAUGGAGAGUGGUGCUAAGGGUUGUGAGGUCAUUGUGAGCGGCAAGCUCAGGGCCCAGAGAGCCAAGUCGAUGAAGUUCAAGGACGGGUACAUGAUCUCAUCUGGUCAGCCUGUUAACGAGUACAUUGAUGCUGCAGUUAGGCACGUUCUUCUCAGACAGGGCGUUCUUGGUAUCAAGGUGAAGAUUAUGCUUGACUGGGACCCCAAGGGCAAGCUUGGCCCUACCACCCCGCUGCCUGACCUUGUCACCAUCCACCCCCCGAAGGAGGAGGACGAGCUGCGCCCACCGGCUUUGGUUGAGGUCUAA